AUGGCUGCGUUAAUGCUGUUGCCGCAAAUGGACAUAAAUCGGCGACGCGCUAUGAGGCGGGAACGUGUAUUUCGGGACAGACUGCAUCCAUUGGAUACUUACAAUGAUCUUGAACUUUAUCAAAGAUAUCGGUUUGAUCGUGGUAUUAUUUUAGACCUUGCCAACGUUAUCAGGGAAAACUUGGAGCCGGAUACUAACAGAACUCAUGCAUUGCCAUGCGAACUGAAGCUGCUUGUAUCCUUGCGUUUAUUCGCUUCUGGUUCGUUUCAACAGGUUGCUGGAGAUACGGUCCAAAUCUCACAGCCUACAAUGUGCCGGGUGUUGUGGCAGGUCACUGAGGCGCUGCUAUCGUUGAUGGGCCGGGUGAUUUGCUUCCCAUCACAACAAGAGAUGGGAAAUAUUGUGAAUGAAUUUUACGAUAUUGCCCAUUUCCCAGCUGUGGUUGGAUGUGUAGAUGGGACUCACAUUUGGAUACUGGGACCAUCUGACCACGAGUGGCGGUACAUAAAUAGGAAGCACUACUAUUCGAUCAACACGCAGGUUGUCCUGGAUUCGAGGGCGAGGUUCAUCAACAUUGUUGCGAAGUGGCCAGGGAGUACACAUGACUCUGUGAUCCUACGUGAGAGUAGAUUGGCCGAACUGAUGGAAGAGCGAAGAGGUAACGAGGUUCUUUUGGGGGACAGCGGCUACCCCGUACGGUCAUGGUUAAUGACCCCUUUCCUAAACCCAAAUACCGUGCCUGAGCAACGCUACAACCGAGCACAUAAACGCACACGAAGCUUAGUUGAGAGGGGGAUUGGGCAGUGGAAAAGGAGAUUCCAUUGCCUCCAUGGUCAGUUGCGGUACACACCGAGAAAGGCAUGUGAAAUCAUAACAGUAUGUGCUAUUCUCCAUAACAUCGUGAUAGACAGAGGACUGCCCGAUUUUGAUGAACAGCCGCCCAUUGAACAUCAGCCACAGCCAGAUGUUGAUCAAGAAAAUGUUGUAGCCUUACCUGACCGAUUUACAGGAGCGGGGGUCCGAAAUCAACUUGUGAAUCAACACUUCGCCUAA